CAUCAUUGCAAGUACUUACAACGCAACGGACAGAUCACUAUUGUUACUGCAUACCUAUUCAAGUUCUCGUGCCUAGCGUUUAUAACAUGUCGUGGCAGUACUGGAAGAUCAUCAACAUUGACAGAAGACACACUAUAUCGCGUUCACUUCUCUUAGGCUAUUCGACAUCCUCUUCUCGCAUGACCCAGCCCGGCUUGUCUGGAUGUUAGCGGUACCCCGGAAGCCCAAACCGUAUCAACGCUCACUUGAACGAGGCCACAGCACUGACCCGCGCGACCUCGGCGCACUCAACCUGCCCUUCGACAUCCUGGAACAUAUAUUCCGGCAGGUCCGAAACGAGGACAUCGCUGAUGCUGUCUUCCUCGCGCUCACCAACUCGUUCUUGCGCGACGUCGGUCAGAACCGCGUAUGCGACUUGCUGCUCAUAGAGUACUCUAGCCCUUGGCACCUAGAGCGCAUCGUUUGCGUGGGCGACCGUCUCGCCGGCGACGACUUACCCCCCGGCGUCAAGGAGCGCGAGAAGGCGCAACUCACGGGGCGCGUACACGAUCGAUGGACAUAUGGUUUCGACUCAGAACCUGUUCCUCGGUUGUACAUAGACGAUGGCACCUUCCUCGAUACGGACGCGCGCGGACUGCUGGGCAAGAGAUUCAGUCGGCAUAAUACGUCCUCUUUGUCCCCUGCAGAGCGACGUAAAAUGGACAACUUGCUGCGGCUCGACUUCUCCUGGGAUGGGAGGCCGGAGACCGAUGGUGUCGCCAGGUUGACGGGCUCGCGCUGUGACGGUCCGUGGACGGACGACCUACUGAGCCUUGGGCACGUCCUCCUCACCCAGAUUUGUUGGUCGUCGGAUCGCUCGGGCGCACUAAAAGGCAAGAGACGCUUCGCCAUUCACCGUGGUCCUUGGGCCGGGCACUACUUUACGAUCACCACCGUGGAUCAAUUGACAGAGAGCGAGUCCUACAACUGCAAGGAGUAUGUUGAUGUGACAGACAAGAUCUUGGAUGAGGUCUUGGAACUAUGGAGAGAUAAUGACCCGGAUACAUUGGCAAAGCACCUGCGGCCUGCGGAGUCGUCAGAGGACGCAGUAUCAACAUCUGACUCGGACGACAAUGAAGAGACACAUUGGGAGGACGAUUGA